AUUUAUAGAUAUAUCUUUAUAAAUAAAGUCAAAAGGUAUUAAUUAUUAAUAUAAAGUGAACUCCAGUAAUAUAUAUGUAUGUAUUUCAUUUCUCUUACAUUGUUCCAACAUUUCCAAAGUUCUAUUUGAUAAUACUGAGUGUGUUAAUAAUAUCAUGAAGCUAGGAAGCAUUCUCCUAUUUGUUGCUGCUUUGAUUGUUCUCUUCAACCUUAGCUAUGGAUCUGGUAUAGAACCCAAUAUCAAAUAUUGCCCUAAGGUUCUUACAGGAUUGAGUGGUGACUGUCUGCAUGCACAACGUGACUGCAAUGCUGAAUUUAAUGCAAGGUUUAAAGGUGCUCAGGCUCGUCGUUGUAGAUGUGACACUACUGUUAAUACACACACAUGCUCAUGUUGUAUAGUUUGUGGAUUAAAUGAGCAUCAGAAUAAUGACCUUUUUAUAAGUCAAGAUGAUUGCUUAUAAUUAUGGAAAUUUAAUAAAUAAUUACCUCAUAUCUUAUUGUAUGAGGUUUUGUA